AUGAUUUCUUUAAUAAAUUUCAAUCCAGCUGAUUAGAGAUGUAGAAUAACCAGUCCUCGCUCAAUUAUGGUCUUAAAGUAGAGAGGAAUGACAUAAGAGGAGCUACUCUUUAUUAAUAAGGAGAAGUUGGGACUAAUGUUAAAAUAAGAAAAAUCAUUACAGGAUGAGAACUUAGAUGACUUCUAUAAACAUUAUGAAUAUAGAAGACAAUAAAAAGUUUAUAUGUUAAUAAAGGAUAGAGAAGCUUUGAUUGAAAAAGAAAAAAGAAAAAAAAUUGAAUCAAAUAUCCCUAAAGGGAAGGGAGAGAGACCUUUGAGUAGUUCAAAUGCAUCGAAAUUCAUGGAUUAAGUAUAGAAGAGGAAGUAUAUGGAAAUGAUGAGGUAAAGACAUUUACAAGAGUUAAUGUUAAAGCGUGAACAAUAAAAUUAAUAACAGUAGGAAAAGAUGCAGUUAUUUGAAGAACAAAGGCAGAAACAACAGGAGUAAAGACAAUUAGAAUUCCAGGCAAAAUAGGAGUCUAUAGCUAGACAAAAGAGAUUGAAGGAACUAGAAGAGUAAAAGAAAAAUCGAUAAUUGCAAUAGGAAUAUUUUCAAAAAGAAUAACAAAGACUAUAAUAAUAAUAGAUUGAAGAAUAGUAAAGACAAGCAGAAGCAGCUGAUAGGGAACAAUAAUAAUAGGAAUUAAAACAAAAAUUAGAGAGAGAAAAAAAAAUGAGAGAGAAACAAGCUGAACUAGAGUAUAAUCAAAGGAAAUAAGAGGAGGAGGAACAAGAGCUUAGAAGAUAAGAAUUCUUUUAAUCGCAACAAGAAUAAAAAAGAAUUAAUGCUUAGAAAAGGGCAUAGUCUGCAAAAAUUAGAUAGAGAGAAGCUUAAAGAAGUCAAAUAGAAUUUUAAAAGAAAUUAAGAGAGGAUUAUUUUAAGAAAGAGGAAAGGAUUGCAGAACAACAACAUAAAUUUUAAGAACAACUUCAAUAAAGAUAAAUGACCAUAGAGGAGAAGAAUAAAUUGAAAAAUGAAAAGAUUCGAAAUACUGCUAGAAUGAAAGAAUAAAUGCAUGAGGAAUUCAGAAGAGAGUAUGCUGAGAGGGAAUAAGAGAUAUAAUAUAGAUUGUAAUAAAGAAGUGAAUCAGGAGCAAAGGAUGAGUUUCUGAAAUAGUAGGCAGAGCGAAGAACGAAAUACAGAGAAAAAGUUAGGAAAAUGAAUAUCUAAUAAUUGGAGGAGAAAAGAUAACAGUAUCUUCGGAAAUUAUAGGAUUAAGAUGAAAAAAUAUAAAGAGUGAAGAGAGAAUAAGAAAGUUUAUAUCAAUAAUAAGCUUAUGAAAAACUGAAGAAACGACUUGAUUAAUAAGAAGCGAUUAAACAUCAAAGAUAGUUUGAAGAGUUUAGAAGGGAAUAAAUUAGGGAUAAAUUGAGGGAAGUGGAUUUAAGAAUGCAACUAAAGAGAGAAGAUCAAAGAGAAUUGGAUAAAUUAAGAGAGUAGGCAAACAAACAUGAAUUGAUGGGUAAAGUUUAAUGA